GAUAGAGAGAGAGAGAAACACGACACCCGGAGGACGGAGAGACGCACGGGGGGGAGGAGAGAGCAGCACUGAAUGGUGUGAGAGAGAGUGGAGAAAAAGUCCGUAAAGAAAGAAAGAGAGUUUUCUACUCCAACGUUAAUUCUUGUCAAAGCGUUUUGCGGCGGAGUGAUGUCAAACAGCGACGAAGAUGCGGAGUAAACAGCUUCCGGACAGUUAGCGAAACUACUUGUUCAAAGAGGCUCCAUUCGGGACGGUUGGUCGUUUUCCGGCGCAGAUUUCAACGGUCCAAGUUACUAGGAGCAACAGCGAGGUGUUGACGGUCGGUUUGGACGGUUGGCAGAGAACCGGGGACCCGGACCGAGAGAGCGCGCGGCGGCGGCGGCUCGCGAAGAAAGAGCCGCUGAAGCUACAAAAGUUUGCCGUGUUUCUUCACCUACUUUUCCCAGAUUGCAAACUAGAGAGAAGGGGGGGAGGAAAAGGCCCAGAGACUGACUUUUCUUUCCACGGGCAACUUUGUGGAAUUCACCACCAACUUUAGCUGCUCGCUGUUCGAAGCUAGAACAUGAAAACACCUGGAGAUAAUGGGAUCGCUUUCCCAGAGUGGGCUUACAAGCCAGAGUCGAGCCCCGGGUCCCGACAGAUCCAGCUGUGGCACUUCAUCCUGGAGCUGCUCAGGAAAGAAGAGUAUCACGAUGUUAUCGCCUGGCAGGGAGACUAUGGAGAGUUCGUCAUCAAGGACCCGGAUGAGGUGGCCCGGCUGUGGGGGGCCAGGAAGUGUAAACCCCAAAUGAACUACGAUAAGCUGAGCAGGGCUCUCAGAUACUACUACAACAAGAGGAUCCUCCAUAAGACCAAAGGAAAGAGGUUCACCUAUAAGUUCAACUUUAAUAAACUGGUGUUGGUCAACUACCCCUUUAUCGACAUGGGCUCCUCUGGAAGCAACGUCCCUCAGAGCGCCCCCCCAGUCCCCUCCGGUGUCAGGUCUCACUUCGGCUUCCCUCCCGCCACGCCCAACGAGGUCCUCUCCCCGAACGAGGACCUGCGCAGCCCGGGCGGCAUGUUCAGCUCCGUGGCCCGACGCAUGGCCCGAGGCUCCGUGAGCGACUGCAGCGACGGCACCUCGGUCAACUCUGAGAUCGAGGAGGGCAGCAACACGGCAGCGGCGGAGGAGAGGGGGGAGAGAGGAGGAGGAGGAGGACCUGGUGGUGGUGGUGGUGGUGGAGGACCUGGUGGUGGUGGUGGUGGUGGAGGAGGAGGAGGAGGAGGAGGAGGAAUAAGUUACCGUAGCCUCAUCCAUCCUCGUUUGUCUCAUGAGACGCUGUUCCGCAUGUAUGGAGGUCCGGGCAGCCACGCAGGGCACCAUGGCUCCCGAGGCCACACCGGGCACCGCAUCCACCCUGAUUCUCUCUCUCCCUUCCCCGUCUCCCCCCUCCCAGGCCCAGGGGGAGCCGGCCUCCUCGCCCCUCCUCUCUCACCAGCGCUCUCCAUGACCCCGACAUCUCACCUUCCCUACACCCCCUCACCCAGCCUCUCACCCAUGUUAGGCUCCCACUUCUCCUUCAACCCGGAGGACAUGAAGCGCUACCUGCAGGCUCACACCCAGUCGGUGUACAACUACGGCCUGAGCCCCCGAGCCUUCCUCCAUUACCCCAACAUCAUCAUCCCGCAGCCCCAGAGGCCGGCCGCGGAGAAGGCGGGUCUGUCCGGAGAGAGGGGGGAGAGAGAGAGGGGAGGAGAGCGACACCACCAUCCGUCUCUGUCUCACUCUGUCCACCACCAUCCACAUCCACCUCACUCUGCCCACCCUCACAUCCACUCUCACCCCAUGCAUCACCCUCUGCACCUGAGUGAGGAGCCUCCACACAUGUCCCCCUUCAAGUUCAAGUUGCAGCCCCCGCCCCUAGGGAAGAAGCAGAGGGAGAGUCAGAAACCCCGGCAGAGCUCUCUCUCCUCGGGGUCAGGAUCCAUGACCUCCACGUCCGGCCUCGGCUCCUCGCUGUCGUUCGGCAGCGACCUGAGCUCGGCCGGCUGCUCCGGACUCAUCUCCGCCUCGUCAUCAACGCAGUCGCUCAACAACGCGGGACUCCCCAAGAUAAAGGUGGAGCCUAUCUCUGACAUCGAAUCAGAAGAAGAGGUGGAGGUGACCGACAUCAGUGACGAGGAUCUGGAUGAGAGAGAUGAAGAGUUUAAGCUCUUCUCCCCUCGAUACCCCAGAGCCCCUGAACACCACCACCACCUCCUGCACCUCCACCACCACCACCUGGCUAACGGCUCAGGCGCGCCCUCACAUCACCACCACCUCCACCCCGAAGAAGACCUGGACGAAGACGUCUUCAAAACCCCUGCUCCGCCUCCACCUGGCCUGACACCUUUCUUCACCUCUCAGCACACGGCACAUCGCACGCUGCUGCCCCCCCCCCUGAAGAGUGAACCGGUGGAACCAGUGGAGAGCUGCACCCCCCCGCCUCAGACCAAGUGCAUCCCCCUCAAGCUACGCUUCAAGAGGCGCUGGAGCGAGGACCAGCGCAUGGAGGCCUCUCAGGAGGAGUCGGACGACAAGAAAGUACGACCGGAGGAGGAGAGGGAGCGGGAGAGGCAGAGUAAUGGGAGGAUGGAGACGGAGGAGGACGGGACAGGAAGUGGAGAGGGGGACAGUCCUCCUCCACUGGCGUACGAGGGGUCGUUAGCGACGCCGCAGAGCUCGCAGCGGAGGGUGAGUGCCGAGCUGCACCGAGCCACCGCUCAGCUGUCUCUGGAGAACAAGGACUGCUGAUGACACAUGCCGCCCCGACACUACUGCUCCCGUAGCACUGGAGGUGGAGUAUGUAAAUGUAAGCCCCCUCCCACACUGACAAACUAGAUUCCUGAGAGCACAGUCCAACCAACACACGAUGAAAACCAACACCUCAAAGACAGCCUGACACCACCACUCUCACGUCCUUUGGGAGGUGCGACUGUAAAUCAGAGGGAGGCUCAGAGUUCACCUCCCACCUGGCCAGUGAAGCUGCAGACCCCCCAAACUCCCCAGUAGCACAGCUCACACCUCAUCCAUAGGAUCAGCAGCCAGUCAGCCCUUUUCCUCAGGAGGCACACACUCCCUUCAAGGAAUACUUCACCCGCUGAAUGACCAUGUUGUUUAUCAAUCACUCAGCCCGUGCUGCCUUUAACAUCGACUGGAUUCCUCCAUGGUGAACGAAGAAAGACACAAACACAGUUUUAACAACAGUAAGACUUCAUAAAAAACAAACAAUCUCUCCCCCAAGUUGUGCAGCAUUCUACACGUAUCCUGCAAUUUCAUUUAAACGUUUUUAUUUAAACACUAAGGACUCGUAGUGUGGUUGCAAGGGUGUUUUAAAUAAUAAGUGAAAAUGCACGUGUUUGGGAUGUAGCGAACUGGACCUUCUUUGGACCCCUCGUUCACCCUGGAGAAACUUCAAGAAAUGAAGAUAAUACGCGGCCAGUUACUGGUAUUCAAAUAGUCAUGUUGUGGGUAAAGUGUCCCUUUAAGAACCUACCAUCACACCUGGGAUGAGGAUGUGCACACUCUCCCUCUAUGCUGAUGGGACUUU